UCGCAUCGCUUCCCUUCUUUGCGUUGAGUGAGUGGCAGUUGUUUGCGCAUCGCAGUAUUCUCUGCCUCUUCCUAUGUUCGUUUCUGUCGUUGUCCAUAUUCCAGUCGAGACUUCCACGACGCCUGACACCCUUUUCCAUUUUCUGCAUGUGUGUGCGGCAGUCACAGCGACUUGGAUAACUUUGUGAACCGUACCACAGAGAAACAGCUGUGCGGCGCAUAAAAUACCGGCCGGUUGAACCCAUCGUCUUCGGUGCUACCGCGUACAGAUGGCUCGAAUGACAUAACCAAGUCCACAUUGCCACUCGAGGGAGAAGAGUCGCCGCCUUUUAGGCGUCUCUGCCAGAAUGAGGUGGCAGGUGUCCAUAGCAUGGCCAUGGCUGCUGUUCUGGGUUGCAGCUGCCCUGCACACUACAGCAGCUACUUUUGUCACAGAUAACUCAUCAAGGUUGCUCAACUCUAGUCAUGUGUUCACUUUCCUCAAAGAGUCUUCUUUUCUUCGUAUCGAACCGGAGUCCUGGUUCCUGCAGCAGCCCAGGGUUGUCUCCUUUAGGUUCAAGACAGAGAAGCCGCACGGCUUGCUGUUCUACCACCGACUGUAUGAGACCUCGGAAGAGGACUUGGUGCCAACUUAUGAACUUUACGUGCUUCUUGAGAAUGGAAAGUUAAAAAUUAUUCACAUUUUAGGCGCGGAAGGAAAUGAAAUGUUCUAUGUUGGAAAAGGUCUUAAUCAAGACAAGUGGCAUAGUGUAUAUGUCAGUGCAGCUUCAAGCACAGGAGAGAUGACGAUAGGGGUCGAUGAUGAGAAGAUCACUGUGACAUUGUCGUCACUGGCACGAAAGAAAAACUACGGGGUUCCUGACGAUGCUAUGUCCUACCUCUACUUUGGAUCAAUCGAUCCAAGAAAUUCUUCGAUGGACCUACACUACAACGCGGACAGCUUCUUCGGCUGCAUGGGCAACAUCGUGUUUCGCCUAGGUGAAAGGCUAGUGGAAGCCCAACUGACGGCAAAGGGCGAUGUGACCCUUGGUUGCGUUGAUCUGUGUCGGAAGUAUGACUACUGUUUGAACGGUGGCCGUUGUGUCAACCACUAUAGCUACUACGGCUGCGACUGUUUCGGAACCCUGUAUGAAGAUCACAUGUGCGGCUAUGACAAUCUAACCACGAUAACUCUUCGCGGCAGCUCUUACGUGACCUACCGAAUCUACGACUGGAAAGAUCGUGUCCACUCUGACGUCAACAGGAUAAGCAUUCUGUUCAGGUUGUAUGUUCCAGAAGUGGUUUUAUUCUCCGGCAACGGCGAACAUGAACCAAAGAAUCACGUUGCAGCUAGCGUCAAAGGCGGAAGCCUUUAUUUUGAGCUCGACUUUGGUGAUGGAGCCUUCCAAGUGAAAAUGGGAUCUGCUCUGCACGAUGAGAUGUGGCACAACUUCACCAUGAUUCAUAAUGUGAACGUGGUCACCCUGUACUUGGACCGUGUACAUCAGACAGUUCGAAUCAAUGGAACUCACCACCAUUUGCACCUCGACCCCGACUUUUACAUAGGAGGCGUUCCACAGCCUACCAAAGGGUUGGUGACUGACUUGAUGACAGUGGGCUGCAUAAAAGAAGUGUACUUCAACAGAGACAACAUCCUGCAGUCCUUGCGCAAGGGUCAACCACACGCCAUAUACCGUGGUGUAUUUCCAGUCGAAUAUGGCUGUGCCCUUGUGGACACCAUUCCUCUGACAUUUCCUUUUGCCGAGUCACGGCUCAAGCUGAAUCUUCCAAGCAACCGCAGGCUGGACAUCUCAGUUGACUUCAAGACUCAUCAGAAUGAAACAGUCAUUGCCUCUAGCCUACUGCGAACUGAAAAGGGCCAAGGUUUUUGGGAGAUCCGUCUCAAGAAGGGAACAGCGAUCUUCACCAUUGUUCCCGAUGAACUAAACCCAUCCCAUUACUGGUUCCUCAGUAAAGGGAAGCAGCUAACAGACGGGCAGUGGCACCAAGUAGGCGUGGUCUUCGAUAAUGGGAACGUGGAACUGACUAUUGACUACACACGCAAACUGAAGGACACCUACCCGCGUCCACUAGAAUUCAUUGGCCCUCUAGUCAUUGGAGGCUUUCCAAGAGAACACGUGAUGGGUUUUAUUGGUUGCAUCCGCGAUAUAUACGUGGCCAAAGAAUGGGUGGACCCUCGCAAAGUGGUUGGCACUGAAUACGCCCAUGGCGAAGUGUCACUGGACAACUGCCGUCUCAUCAACCCUUGCAAUAACCCCAAUGCCUGUGAGCACGGAGGAGAAUGCUACCUUGAGGGAUCUCAGUACAAGUGCAACUGUAAUGGCACAGGAUACACGGGCAAGACGUGCCAUUUCUCUACAUACAAACGCACUUGCCAAGAGCUCUUCUUGGUGGGGUAUCGCAAGUCAGGAACGUACAAGAUUGACAUCGACCGAAAUGGACCUCUCCCACCUGCCCAUGUAGAAUGCGAUAUGCAACGAGCGGAUGGCUCAAUUGCUACCAAGGUCAACCACAACAUGCAACGAGAAAUGGUUGUCAGAAAGUACGGGUUGGAAGGAUUCUACAUGGACAUCACAUACAGAGAGUUCACGUCAGAAAUGCUCCAGUCACUCAUUCUCGCUUCUAAGCAGUGCUACCAACAUAUUUCUUACGAGUGCUUCAAGGCUCCGUUAGGGCUUCAGUCUUACACAUGGAUGGAGUCCUCAGCCAACCGUCACUACGUGUCGAGCGUUGGCAGUGAACAUCCUGGUUGGUGCCAGUGCGCCGAGAGCAACAACUGCGCCAACAUGUCACGCCGCUGCAACUGCGACAUUGCAGACGGUCGAUGGCGUCUGGAUGAAGGCACCUAUCACCGACUGAAAGACCUAGGCAUUGUACGUAUCUACAUGCUGCAGCCUAAGGGUUUGGCUCACGAUGCCGAGGCACGCAUGACACUUGGACCUCUCGAGUGCACGGACACAAAUACUCAGCAGUAUGUGAUCACGUUCAAGACUGCCCCGUCAUACCUGGAAGUGCAGACUGGUUGGAGAAGAGGAGAUCUGGCUUUCAGCUUCCGUACGUCAAGCAAGCGGGCUGUGGUGCUGUACCAGGCUGCCCUGCACGAGAAACAUGGUUACCUUCUAGCCAUGAUCACAAGCGAUUAUGAACUAUCUUUUGAGUACACCGUGAAGAAAGAAGCUCGUGUGGUGAAGCUCUUGUCACGAAGUCGGCUGAACACCGGGGAGUGGCAGCAGGUUUGGCUCGACCACGACGUCCACCACAUGCGCUUCACCGUUAACUUGGAUUCGGUCAUGGUGGAUCUGGCAAAAGACGAGGGGGUGGGACCUUUUGAAGGACCUCUGUACAUUGGUGGAGCUCCCAAGGGACUUCUUACACAUCCAGACAUCAAGGAAGGCUUCAUUGGUUGCUUCAGAGGAUUGAUAAUCAAUAACCACGUUGUUAAUCUGUACAACUACUUGAGCAGAAGGGUGCCCGACAUCGUGAUGGACUGCCAACCUUCGUGUUCUUCCAAUCCUUGCCAGAACGGAGCCACGUGCCAUGAGAACUGGGGUUCCUACAACUGUGAAUGCGAGAACAAGCUGGCUCACAGCGGCACCAACUGCGAGAAUAACUUGAACCAGAAUUCCAUGACAUUCAUAACGUCAAGCUCGUGUUACCACCGAGCCACCAGGGGCAAUAUUUCCGACCCGGUGCUCAAGGAAGACAUUCUGCUCAGUUUCCGCACCUACCAGUCGGAGGCGCUUCUACUAUACUCUUUCAAUCACCUCAACAACUUCGUCCAACUGCAUUUCGAGAAGAGGAAACGAAUUGUGUUCACUUUCAACUCUCAGCGUCAGAUUGUUCAAGGCUUUGUUGAGGCACCAGAUCUGGCCACAGGAAAAAUCAUACAAGUAUUCGUAGAUAGGAGAGCAAACAGCACCAUACUUUAUGCCAAUGGUGUGAACGUUACUAUUCCAUAUCCAAUAUCCUUUCUGGCUAAGUACUACAAGGAUCCCUGGAUUGAAGGUGAAGAACUAGAACUUGUCAAACCAGCUCGUGGUACCUUUGAGAGUGUACCCAACAGCCAGAUGUAUCUUGGUGGUGUUGAUUUCAUGGGUGCUACCACUAACCUCCCUGGACUCGUUGGGUGCCUUCAGGGGCUACGCAUUGGGAUGGAACAAGUGGAUUUGAUCAAGGGCGUAGCAGAUCAGAACGUCACGAAAGGUCAAAUUCGGCCUGGUUGCAAGAUGAUGUGCGAUUCCAAGCCAUGCCAACACAACGGCCUUUGCGUUGAGGACUGGAAGAACAACCUCACCAGCUGCGACUGUGCUAUGACAUCAUACCAAGGAGAUAUAUGCCAAACAGACAUUGGAGCUGAAUUUGAUGGCAAAGCAUGGAUAGAGUACAUAUUUACGCCUGAGACGACGGGGCAGGAUAGAGUUGCCGUUGUGCUGGCAUUCUCGACAGAAGCAAAAGCGAGCGUUCGACAAGCGAUUCUACUCGUGCAAUAUGCACAAAGCCAACACUACAUCUUAGUUGCCGUCACUCCGGAAGGAGCACUACAAAUACAAGAAAAUCACGCAACAGCAAAAGUAUUUGGAAAGCAGACAGGAAACUUUGCUGAUGGCUUCAGACAUUGGGUUAUGUAUCGACGAGUCGAAAAUGAUGCACGAGUAGUGGUUGACGGCAAGGAGUACGUACUGACCAGUACCACGCCGGACACAUCUGGACCUAGACUGGACAUCAGUUCAAGUCUCGUUAUCGUUGGAGGGACGAAACGUGAUCCGAGGUUCGGAGACUACGGUGACUUCCAAGGCUGUGUCUCCAAUGUGGUCGUUGAGUUGCGUACUCUAAACAUUCGUCCUCUGGAGACGUACUUUGGUUACCAGAAGGGGGCUCUGGAAAAGGUGAAAGUUCACGGAACUCUGCGUGAGGGCCGCUGCGCCGAAUUUGCGGCAAUCAUUGGUGACAACCAAGAAGUCAUCUUCAAACCACCUGCGGUUAAUGUUCCAGAAUGGCACAAAGUGAAUCCGGUCCUCGUGCCGUACAAGAGCAACUUUGUUCACCCGCAAGCAGCCAAGCUUCUCUAUGCAAAGGCCACUAGUACACGUGUGGCAGUCAUCAUGGCGAUUGUUCUCAUCGUCGUGCUGAUUGGUGUAUUCUUAUACGCCUGGCGUUUGCAGAAAAAGCACAAGCACAAAAAACUUCAGGAGGAUAUGUCAUUCAUUCGACAUGGUUCCUACAGUGCAACACGUGCUCUCAAGCGAAAGAGCAGUAGUUCACCUGUGAAAGCGGUAAGCUUUAGCAGUCGUAACAGCGACUAUCGACCAAUUCCUCAAAGCAACGCUGACACCAUAUCGUCCGCACCUCGUCGUCCAUCCAGCGGACCGUGUGUUCCACCUUCGUUCAACGCGACUCCUGCAAAGCCUAUUUUAAACAACAGGAACUCUAGUCCUCGUGUUGUGUCACCUAUUACCAAUGGAAGGGACGUUCCUGACCGCCCUUUCAAGGAGAAACCACGCAAGACAGCUCCCUAUCGUCCAGUUUCAACAACAUCGCAGGAAUUGGAGUGGGACCCUGCGGCAGACACCGGCGUGUCACGGCGUGGGGAAGACGUGGAGAUGAAUGACAUGGAUCCCGGUGACGAAGAACUGGAAGCAGGGACUCCAAGAAAGAAUAGUGGAUCUCAGCAGGACAUGUUGGCCAGUAUCUACAAAAUGGCAGACUAUAGCGGUAGCUUGAUUUUCAUGAACAUGCCCUACGAGUCGCCACCAAGGACUGCCCAAACAAAUGAAUCGGCCAAUGGAUGAGAUCCCUGGAGACUUGCUUUCUGUUUUUCAUUGAGCCCCAUCAUACUUGCAUGAUGACUACUCCUGUGAAUUACAAUGCACGGGUGUCACGGAAUUCAUUCGUUCAUGCUGUGUGGUCUCUCUCUCUCUUUUUAUCAGUAUUUUCCCCCUUUCCUCGAUUAUCACUGAAUCAUUAUGUGUGAACCAUAUAUCAAGGUCUAAAGAUCGCGUAAUAGCCAGAAAGAAACGAAGCACAGAAUUUCCGUAUGUGCUUUCUAUUUUUAGUUGCACAUGUAACUGCUAAUUUAUUCUGUUACAUAAUUGUUCCACACUUCAAGUUUCUACAGAAAAAUUCUAGCUGAAAGAAGUGAAACGAUAAAAGUGAAUUGGAAAAAAUUAGAUUAAAAAUUCUCUGUCCCUGUUUUGUUACCCAACAUUAUGAGCUUCGGGGACCCCUACUGUCCAGCACCCCAUCUGGGGAAGGUUCCCGGGGGAGCCACCUGAAUCGUACCCAUGUUGGAAAUGCUCUGGCUUAGGACGUUUGGGCAACAACCUGCCUGCAUUCCAGUAUGCUUGUAGUGUCAUCGUUGAUAUGACCCAGGCAGAAUGACAACAACCACAAUCUGGACUGACGCACAACGAUUAUUACGUGAUGCAAUGCCUAAGCAACUACUUGUCACAUGGUGAUGUAAAUAAUGCUGAGUGAGGAUAACUGUCCAUGAGUAGCUGUCCUUAAACUUGUGAAGAAAUCAUAAUGAUGUGUACUGUCUAGCCAUUGAGCAGCAUAUGUUUUAAAUGUGAAUUAACUUUGAAGAAAAAGUGAACUGAGAAAAGAAAUAUUUGGCCCCUCUAAAAGUAACCCGGGUAAGUGGAUCUCGUGCACAUCUCUAAGAGGACACUAAGGUUUUCAUUAGAUUUUUUUUCUUUUCUUUUUUUUCUGCUGAAGAAACCAGCGCCCCUAUCAAGAAACAAGCAUUCCAAGUUGCAUGCAGUUUUUUAUAAUGCCGAAAGUGCUUUCACAUUGUGCACACAGCUGCGGAUGAGUUUUGUCUUCUAUCCCGUCGUGUAUGGUUGUAUUUAGUAUGCAUUUUUAUGUGUAUAAUAGUUCCACACUGUUGUUUCUGUCUCUUCUUAGCUUUUGUACUUUGUAGUUGACUGUGAUAGAUCAUCAUUCCACAUAGUCUACUGUUAGUUUCCUUCUACUAUUCUGUAGGCAUAGUCAUUUUUGAAGAGAUGAUAGUACCUUUUGCAUUUGGGGAGAGCAGUUAAAAUAAGUUAUAGAGUUUGGUUUGGAAAUAGUGACACCAGACAAGAACUACGCAAGCUACACAAAAUAUGAAAUACGUUACACUAAUUUUAGGGACAAAAAACAAAGAAAAAUGGCCUCUAACAGCAUUUAUUUGCUGGCUGCUACAUUAUUUUUCUGCAUGUUUUUUCCUCCUUCUUCUUGUUUUGUGCCUUGAGUUUUUUUUAAAGCCUACAAAAUGCAACAUUAACGUGUCAGCAGUGGCAUGUGUGCAUGUCAUGACAAAGCGGCUUCUGCAAACGUUGUGCUAACAAGCGAGACAACAAUUGCAGUAUCACACUUGGGGUGCAAUCGCUUCUGUGUACGUGCAGUUUUUGUCCUCAUUUACAUUUUUACAUCGUUAUGGAAUGGUUUUUUUACCUCUGUUUAUGAUGCCACUUACUACUCUAUUGCAAACUGGACUCUGACACCAAUCAGACUGUAAUGGGUGUGGUGGAGCAUUGUGUCGUGCUUAUUGCCUAGGGUUUGUUUCGUCUCUUUGUUUUCUUUUUUUUUUUUAAACAUUUUGUAAAACGUUUCUGCUUAGGCCAUAUUGAACACUGUAACUUCUACUACCUCAUGUGUAUCACAUUCUUAUGGGUUACGGGUAGUGUUAUCUCUUCUUCCAUACCCCUUAUGGACCUCUAUCUUCACUGUCCUCUAGCUUCUCAGUUUCUGGUCCACUCGCUUAGGCACCAGACGCAACCGCUGACCUCUCCAGUUUCACUCAAUCCCACAUAAUCUAAAACACAGCUAAUACUGUCAAUGUAGGAAGAAGGUCAGGACUCCCUUAUUAAAACUCUGAGAGCAUGCCUUGUCAUUCGGAAAUUGAAGUUUAUUAAAUGAGAAGUUUAAGGUUAAUUUAGUUUCUUUUUUUUUUUAGUUUGGGAACCAGAGCAUUUAGUGACAUACAGGAACAAAACUGGAGGAAGUAUCAUGAUUAUCUAAAAAUUCUUAGCCUUACUGUGUGCGGUGUGGUUAAGAGUGAGAGCAAAAAAGUCCCAUCAUGACAGAUGUUUGAGGAAAGGGCUAACAGCCACCCCCCAGUCCCCCUUUGUAUCACCACUGGAUUCUCCUGAAGUGAAUGAAAAUUCACUGCAUGAAUUAUGUAUUCCCCUGAACGAAAACCAAAUCAUUAAUAAGUACACGGCACGGUUCUGGCUGUCAAACGGCUGUCAAACGACUCUAACUCCACUUUUGGGCAAAAAUAUUUGUCUAUUCGGACCUCGCCGUCUUUCUUAGUUCCACAACCCCGAACGCCAAUGGUAAACAAUAAAACAUUUGUUUCCUGAAAUUAUAGAGAACCAGAGAGGUACAAAUCUUUAUUGCCUCUACAGAGGACACGAAAAGAACCGACGUAGGUGCAGAAACUUUAAUAAAAUUAUGCGACCUUCCUAAACGCUGUAAAUGUUUGUUAGACAACUAUUUUUCAUUCAGUUUUCCACGGUCUUGCAACACACGACCUGUUUCGCUUUUGUUCAAUCUCCAGAUGUUUUCCGAGUGCGCAGACGAUAGACACCCGUAAUGUAUAUUAGGGCUAGCCGAUUGUCAUUUUCGAUUGUGACUGCUGAUUUCGUAUCAAUUCCCAUAGGGCGAACUGUCGUCGACAAACUCACAAGAGGACUUUGACCCCAGUGCGUACGGAACUUUGUGUUGCAUUUUGUAGUAUCCCACUCCUUUCUUCUGGCCCGUGCCCAGCUGUACACAAGACUUUGUGACAAAAAAAAAAAAAAAAAACGUUUCUGUGCCAAAGACAAACGGGACCAAACUGCACUGUGUUUGUGUGUGUGUGUGUGUGAGUGCUUGCAUGCGUACAGCAGGUCACAAGAACCCUGUACGUGACAUUCUGGGGUUGACAAUGGUUAGAAAUGUCAUUCUAGUUGAAAGUCUUUUAAGUGAUGGAGAUUCCUGACAGCUUUGUCUCCACGGUCAUGGAGAAUGCUGGUGGCCAGAUCACUUUUUAAAGUAUGACUCUCGUGGAAUAGCGGUCACUUAGGGAAGACCGCAUAAUAUGGGACCUAAAACGACUAGACUUGAAGUUUGAAGCUGCGCUUCGGUCUGAUUAAGCAAUAAGAGGACAAUAAAUAAAGAUGUGUAUUUUGUUUUACA